AUGUCUGCCACUCCUGAGCCUGACAGUGCCCCAGGGGGUGCAGAUAUUAGAAGAAACCCUACUAGAACCAGUCAAUCUUCAACCUUUGAUGAAGGACCAGCAAGAAGGAGGGGAAUCUCAGGAACCUCAUCUGUAGGAACCUCUAGAGCCUCUUCUCCUACCUAUGCAGCGAGGGGACCAUCUGUCAUGCCAGGAUCAAUGCCUGGCUCUGAGGAUGAAACUACUGUGAUUGAGGACAAUACACUGAGCAGCAAAAGUAUUGCAGAACCCAUAGUAGUGCAGGAUACACCUCCUAGACUACCAGCCACUCAUAUCCAGCCUUCCAACAGAUCUUCUGUCACUAUAGAAGACAUUACUGCCCAGGAAGGGGAUACCACUCUUAGGAGACACAACCUUACUGGUACCACCAUAAGACAAGCAAGAACAAGAAGCACUUCCAAUAUGGGGUAUCAUGAAACAGCCCUACAGAGCAUUCCUGCAUCCAUUACAUCUAGUAGGAGAACAAGCCCUGUAGAGCUUGACCAAAGGCUGGGGGAACCCACACUGGGUCACCAGCCAACAGCAUUAAUUGCACACCAACCACAACCCCAGAUACCUAUGCAGGGGUUACCUAUAUCCAGGGCUGCUAUAGCUGACUAUGAGGCCAAGAGCCAUCAGGUGAUGCCUCAAGUCAGGGUAGAAGCAGCCAUCAGCAGUGCCAUCAAUGAUAUCAAAGAUGACAUUGCCUUGAAGAUGGGCCCUAUCAAAUACAUACAUGCUAAUAGCUCUGAAAGUGCAGCUGCCCUGAGACAAGUGGGCAGAGAUGUAGCAGACCUCAACCUACAGACCAACUAUAUAAGAAGGAGCUUAGGUGAAGUCUCUGAGGAGCAAAGAGCAGCUCAAACAGCCCAUAACCACCUUGUAAAUCAAGUAGAGGAGCUACAAGACAAGGUGGAUGCAUUGCCUCAACUCUUUCAAGAUGUGGAAUCCAGAAUAGCUACCAUGGAGGAAAGACUUUUGGAAGCAAUUUUGGAGGUAGACAGGAAGAUAGGACUACUUAAAGAACCAGAAACAGAAAGAACUGAGACGGAAAGCAACAGUGAGGAAGAGGAUGGUGAUAAUCUUCACCUCUCUAGACAGAGACAGUCCUCUCCAGCCAGAAGAACCUCCAUUCCAAAGGAAGCCAGACUUAAACAGCCAAAUGUCUUCAAUGGAAAAAGAGGUACUGAAGCUGAAACAUUCAUCAUGAAGGUGGAAAUAUAUUUCAAAGAGUACCCUGGUACCUUCACUGAUGAAAGAAAGAUCAGGGCCACCUUAACCAAUAUGGGAGAAGGUGAACCAGUCAAAUGGGCCAGUCCCCUGAUGCAGAAACAUCUCAGUGAUGAACCUCAUGAGUACCUGACUUCCUGGAAUGCAUUCAAAGCAGCAUUCCUACUCAACUUCAAUCUUGAUUGGGAUGAGAAAGCUCUCAUUGACACCUUCAAAAAGGGACUCAAGAUUAACCUGCAGUCAGAAUUGAUUUGCAUGAAGAUCACUACUCCUAAAAUUGACAACUACUCUUUGGAGCAAAUCAUUGAAGUAGCCAUCAGGACUGAUGACACUCUUCAACAGGCAGCUUCAAUCAGGGACACUACUACACCACCUAGUAUCCUAAAGAAAGGAAGGACCAACAACUAUAGACCUACAGAGAGGUUCCCUGCAGAGACUUUUCUGAAGAGAAGCCAGGCAGAGAGUCCCCUAGAGCCCUCAGAGGAUAGUGAUGAGGUGUAUAUUAUGAAAGGAACAAAUGAUACUCUACCCACUUACACUUCCAUUGAGGGAAUCAUGGACCCCAUCAAAACGCUUAUUGACUCUGGCUCUUCACAAAACUUCAUGGAUAUUACCUUUGCUAGGAACCUCAAGAUUCCUCUGAUUGAACUUCACUCCCCUAGGACAGUCAUAGCCAUUGAUGGAAAAGAAGUAGAAGAAAAAAUUUGA